AUGCUACAUAUUAAAUGGCCAGUUGUGAAUGAUGAAAAGGAUUCAUUUCAGCAUGACCUAAAUAUCGGCAUGGCAAACAUGAUGCUGACCAUUGCUACUGAUAUUGUGGAGAACUCUACCAUUAUGCCCCGCUCAUUCACUUCCAGGUGGUGUUGGCCGCCAUUAACCGCUGGUAGCCGACUAGUAUACUUGCGGGAAAGUGACCAAGAUUUGAAUUAG